CCUAAAGAGGGAUCUCAAAUUUCCCAACAUCCUCUUCUGUUCAACAACAACAGCCCCUUCCCGUUAACUGCUUCCUACGCUUCCUUACAUAAAAAAUCUUGGAUUUGGAAACUCUUCUUCUCUCCACUCUCAGCCAAACAAAGUUGUUUGAUCCACUGACAAUGGAGGACACCGAGCCGACAACUAGACCGAAAACAGCAGGAGGUGAUGGGAAUCAGGUGACAAACGACACAUUGAUGUCUGGCAAACCUCUGCACCGGUUUGUCCAAAGGGAGCCCAGAUGUCUUGGGAUUGUCCUCCUCCUAUUUGCUUUUCCUGAGCUGAUGAUGGGAUUUGUGUUGGCUGAUGUCAAACUAUACAGUUCCAACAAUAUCUAUAUCCCCUUCUGGCAAGGCACUCUGUUUUCUCUAUGUGGAAUCCUGUCGAUCUAUACUGAGUUACAUCCAUCCAAGAAAAUGGUGUCGGCGUGUUUGUCCAUGUAUGCAGUCGCUUUGGUGGGGAUUCUAGUUUCCUUGGGUUACAGGAUACACUUCUUCCUACUGCAUCCAUACACUAUGUACAGAUUUUCUCUGCAGAUUAAUGUGGAUCUGGUUGCAUAUGUGGAAGGCAUUUUGUUCACAUCCUCCCUGUGUGUGUUGGGGCUUCUUAUCUUCUUGAUUGUCAUUGCACGUUUUGCAUUAAAGUCAACACACACUCAGCUUAUUGUCCAGUACAUUCCACCGCCUCCACAAACUGAGGCGUCACACUAAGAUCAGCCGUUUGGAGCAUUAUUCUGCACUAACACUGUUUGUAAUGUAUACUGUGAAAGAAUUGUCUUGUUUCAGUGCAACAGGCUAAUGUUACAGCUUUACUGAAACACAUUUGCUUUUUGUAAACUGUAUUUUUAAAUGAAAGUGAACAAUGCUGUUACAUGUCAAUAUUUUAUAUGCACUGUAUAAGGAACUUUUUUUUUUUACCUGAUGUACUCAACAAAGUCAUUUUUGAACUUUUCUAUUAUACUUCAAUUUGUAACUUAAUUCCAAGUUAGAAAAUUCAACUUUGCAUUUAUCAGUUACAGUUACAGAAUUGUUUAAGUAUAUGGCAUUAACUUCAAUCGAUACCAUCUUCUUUUAGGUACUACUUGAUUUAGUUGCUACAUAUUAUAUACAGUAUAUUCAUAAUUUCUAAUGUUUAAGCCAAUCAUUUUAGGAAAUAAUACAGUAAAGAAAUGGACAGGUGACAACGUCAGCAGUUUUGAUAAGUCUUGAGUGUUUUUUGUUGUUUCAGUGACUACAUUUUAAAUCAAAUAAAGCAUCUUGUGUCACUUUUUUGUGUUUUUACUUAAUGAAAACAACUUCUGCUAAUAUCAGCCCUGUAGCUAAAUGCAUCGUCAUCAAAUUAGUGAUGCACAUGAAUGGACAAACAAGAGUUCCACUGUUCCAACCCCCUACCUAAUGAAACCUCAGCCAAGGGAACAUGGCAGACUCAGCAGGGUAAAUAAGACUAUAGAACUAAAAUGUAUCUGAAGUUGUGACAGUACAACAAAAGAAGCCAGACGUUUUGAGGUUUUAUUUCCAGUUAUUUCAUCAAGUAGACAAACAGUAGCUUAACAUGUUGGUGGAAGUCCUCUCUUGGUGUUGGUGGUGCAGAAAAACUGAUCGUCAA